AUGAAUUUGUGGACGACAUUGUUUUUGUUUUGUCAUUUUGUUUGUGUUGUCAUCGGAUCCAGGGUUAUACUUGUGGAGAAUGCACCGACAUGUUUCCGCCGCGUCCUGGCCGGGAAGCGAGCACUGCGGAGUCAUGUCAGGAAGGUGGUACCAUGCGAGAGGCUGGAGGACUGCCGGAGGGAAUGUGCCAUGGAGAAGAGGUUCCCUUGCGAAAGCUUCAAUUAUAGGUUAGACAGGACAUUCAGAGGAAAAGGUCUAUGCGAGUUAAUGACAAAACCGAUAGAAGCGUUCGACUUACGACGUGAUUUUGUUGAAGACAAAGAUUUCGAUUUUUUCGAGCUCGACCGAAAUAGCUUGGAACCGAAUUGCCCAGACACUCUAAGGGGUCCAGGGGUCUUACAUUCUGGUUUUUUAUCCUCAAAACCGAAUCGGAUAGAGGGGGAAGGGUCACAAAGUGGCUGGAGGGACAGAUAUGAUGGAUUUGAUCAAUCGGACCGAUUCGGUGGUAAUCGGAGAGGUGGUUACGGGAAUCGACGAUAUGAUGAUCGAUUUUAUAUUCCUUAUCAGAUUAAUCAAGGGUUAGCACGAAGCAACGACGGCCAGGAACUCUGGGGUAAAUACGGAGGCGAGUACGGAGGAAACAGAUAUUACAAAGAUAGAAAUGACUACCACAAAUCUGUAACUCAUUGGCAAAUAUCCACCGAUGUAGAAAGACCCUCAUAUGGAGUCAAGCCCCAUGGAAAUACCAACUUCGAUUACCAUAAUUUGGGUAAAAAUGGGGGGUCCUGGAUCGGUGACCGAUAUGGCUAUGGUUCAUGGAAAAGAGGGAGGUGGAAUAGCUCAGGGAAUUCUGGCAACCCUAAUGGAUUGGAUUAUGGGGAUUCAAGUUUUUUUAAGCAGAAGCAUCAUCAUGAGUCUAUUGAUCGAAGUGAUGACGGAAGGACUAAAGAUUGUUCCUCCCGCCGUCGUCCAGGUAUGUCUUUAGGCACGGGUGCCAUCAGACGAGCUCUCAUAUCCCGCAACGUGGUGGAGUGCGAGGCAGCCUGCUUCAGUGAGAGGGAGUUCAAAUGUGUAUCUUAUUCUUAUAGAUAUUCAAAUUCCCAUGGUACUGAUAACUGUUUUCUGAGUGAGCGGCCUUACCGAGGGUUGGAGUUGGCAGCUGACAGCAGUUCUGAUGUGUAUGCCAUGCCUCAGGACCAGGGUUGUGUGACCAUCAACUAUAAACCUUGGGUUGAGAGUGAAUGUUUCUGGCACGUACGGUCCGGGUCAGCAGUGAGUGACUCAGCAGUGCGGGCCGCCCUCACGGUGGCCGGGCUCGGCGCCUGCGAGGCUGAGUGUAUCAGGGCACACGCAUUCUUCUGUAGGGGAUUCAGUUUUAGGUUUGAUUCUCCAACCAUAGGAGAUGAUCUAGAGAACUGUGUCCUCACGUCAUCGCCACCUACGUCUCUGGAGAAUGGGCGCGGGCUGCGACCCAACACUGGACAUGAACUAUAUGCGAGAGGCAACUAUGGGAGGGGAUGUGAACCAGCGCUGUAUGAUGAUGUCCAGCAUAGAGAUGAGGAAUGCUACCUUCAAUACGACAAAGCAGCCAAAUUGAGCGGUGGAGCAAUCCGCGGUCAGGCGCGCGUCAAAGACGAGCAAGCGUGCGGUCGCGCGUGCAAUGAGGCUCCGUUCAGAUGUCUCAGCUUUUCUUUCAAUAACAACGCUCCACCGAAGACGGACAACUGUCUUCUGUCAGAGAUCCGUCUGUUUGACCUCCAGAGAGGAGUGGACUACGUACACUCUGCUGAUGACUGGCUGUUCGCCUUCGAUCUGUUCAAUGGCCAGUGCUGGAGAAAAGUUCAUGUUGUGGAGUAUGAUGAUCCAGCUCCGGAAAUACCUCGUCCGCUCGCAGCGCCACCUGUCGAGGAUCACUACCCAGUAUCAGGACCGUCCGGCCCACCAUCGUCUCCCACCGGAUUAUCCGGACCUUCAGCACCUAGUGGACCCGGAUAUCUACCAGAUCAUGCUCAUAAUGAACCACCGUUUAUCCCGGCAUCAGGCCCACCGAGCGGACCCGGUUUCAAACCUUACUCACCCGGUUCCAAUUUCAAACCCGGAUACUCUGAACCUUCUGGUCCCGGAUAUAAACCAAAUUACCCACCAAGUGGUCCAGUUAAACCUUACCCAGAACCAUCUGGACCAGAUUUUAAGCCAGGCUAUCCGGGUCCUAGUUUCAAACCCGGUUAUUCUGAACCAUCUGGACCUGGAUUCAAACCUGACUACCCAGGACCAAUAGGUCCUAGUUUUAAACCUGUUUACCCACCUGCUGUAAAACCUGGAUACCCUGAACCAAGUGGACCUGGUUACAAACCUGGAUAUCUACCAGAUCAGGAUUUAAAACCUGGUUUCCGACCAUCAGCACCGCCGCAGCGACCUGUCUACCGACCAAUUUUGGAUGCGCCAGAUUAUCUACCAGGAAAACCGGGGUACUUGCCAGAGAAACCUGGUUAUUUGCCAGACCGCCGACCUGGUUAUCCUGGACCUAAUAGACCAGUUUAUGAUGAACGCCCAUCCAGACCAACUAGACCUGGGUUUAAACCUGGAUAUCCUGAUAGAGCAGACGAUGAAUCGAUUUCAGUAUCGUGGCGUCACUAUACGGUAUCUGGGUUCCCGUGCCGUGCAGGGACAACGUGUGCACAGAACACCAUCGCUGGCCAUUGGGCUUGUGAACCUGAAGGUGGAGAAAUUGGCUCAUGGGACUAUUGCUGUGCACCAACACACCGUUGUGGAUACAGUGAAGGUUUCCAUAAACCAUGGUGCUACGUAGGACCGAAUCAGGAUCAAUGGCGUCCAUGCAGUGAGAAGUAUUAUCCUUACCAUCAGCAUAAAGUCCCUCAUCCCUCACAAGGUCACCAGCAUUCACCUGGACGACCUCUGCCACCAGGACAUAGGGAAGACAUACCACCACGGCCUGUAGGACCUCGUCCCUGGCAGGGACAGCCUGGGUAUGACAGACCCAACCCAGUCGGACCACCAGGCCCAUAUCUGUCGGAAGGCGACAGAAAAUACUGGGACGAUUUGUACAAGAAUGGACCUCAAGCGUAUUAUGAUAAAUAUGGAAAUCCUUUGCCAGGUUAUUCCCGAGUUCCAACAGAAUCUCGUCCGUACAUCAAGUUCACUCACAACCAGCCGCAGCCUGGCACUGGAACCUGGCUGCCAAUGUCUCCAUCACAAGGAUCUGAUGGACCGCCUCCUCCAGGGUUGGGAGUACCAAGAUACUGGCCUGUAGCCUAUCUACACAAAGGUCCACCACCGAACACAACCUAUUUUCGUUACAACGAAACCCAACAACAGAUGACAACAACUACAGAAAUGUACACAACUCCUCGAGAAAUAUCCACCAUACCCCCAAGACCAGACCACACUGAAAGACACAGAGAUGAAAAACAAAGAAACAUAAGUGAUUACGACACUUUAGAAAGUACCACUACAAAAGUCCCACAAAGUACCACAGUAAAAAUUAUACCAAGUACCACUGAAGUACCAGUAACACAAGAAGCGGUGACUGAAAACAUAACUGAAGUUGAACUGGUUAAACCUGAAAGCGUAAAGUUGAAUGAAAAAAUUAAAGGUAUAGAUGACAAAUUGGACGAUUUCUCAAGUUCCAUUGAAGUUUUUGACUUAGAUGAUGUUAAAGGUGAGAAGUUGUCUGAUUUGAAAACUUUAGAAGCUGAAGAAAGGCAGAUAGAAGAGAUUGGGAGAAUACUAGCUUCUAGAAGAGGUGGCAAACUGGUUCUAGAUAAGCGUUCCCAAAAAGAACUAGAAGCUAAAAGUAUAGCUAUUGAUAAAGAGCUACUAGAUUUUAAUUUUGGUAACAGAUUUAAUGUUGAAAGAAGAGGAGUGAUACAAAAAGUGAGUAAAGAUGAGAUAGAAAGAGAAAGAGAGCGAGAAAGAGCAGCAGCUGAUAAAAGUUUGGAAGUGAGUGAAACUUCUUUCGUUCGUCCACCUAGAGUUUUAUCUACAACUGACAAUAUUCGCAAAGCUAUAGUUAAUGGAAAAGUCUUCUAUGAUGCCACAAUAAGAGAACAAAGAGACACAUUUUUAAAUAAUUCUACGAGAAAGAGUAAAAAUUUGAGGUUAUUAGAUGAAUCUAAAAUCUCUAAUCUCACUUCUCCUGCUAGUUAUGGUAAAAAAAUAAUCAAAGCAAGAAAUGUAAACCCAGUCAGAAGAGUAAGAAGGGUCUAUAGAAAGAGAUAUAACCCAGAAGAAGUCAGAAGGAGAUUGUUGGAAAGAGAAAAGAGUAAACAAGAGAGUAGUACAGAAAAUUCUAGAAAAAUAUAA